GAGAGAGAGUCAGUGUGGGUGAGGGCACGGUCUGAGCCGCUCGCGCUUCUGCUCCCCGGAUUCUGAAGCAUGAAGAAACCUUGAGACGCGGCGGCGCGCGAGGAGGAGGAGGAGCAGGAGGAAGACUGGGACAGUGGACAGCUAAGCCCAGACUGCUGCGUUCUUCUGGAGGGUUCGGUUCUGCAGGCUCGCAGCUCCUUCAGGCUAUUUGAACUGUAGUUUUACUGCACGAGCCGGAUGAUGUUGCGCGUGCCCGCGGGCGCGGCGGUGGGAUUGAUCUUGCUGGGGUUCCUGCGCGCUCUGGAGGUGCAGCCCCCGCGCGCUGCGGACGCCUCAAAGACGUGCAGCCCGAAGCAGUUUGUGUGUAAGGACCAGGUGACCUGUAUCUCUAAAGGCUGGCGCUGUGACGGGGAGAAAGACUGUCCUGACGGUUCAGACGAGGCUGCAGAUGUCUGUCCGCACAGCCACGUCCCACAAUGCCCACCCAACGAGCACCAGUGCCAGGGAACCGACCUCUGCGUCCACAUGAGCAAACUGUGCAACGGAGCGCCCGACUGCCCGGACGGCGGAGACGAGGGGGCACACUGCAGAGAGCUCAUCUCCAACUGCACUCUCGCCGGCUGCACCGACAAGUGCGCCCUCACCCGGACCGGACCGCUGUGCUACUGCCGGACCGGCUACGAAAUUGGCCCAGACGGAAAAACCUGUAAAGAUUUUGACGAGUGUACUCUGUACGGGACGUGCAGUCAGACGUGUACGAACUCGGACGGGUCGUACUCCUGCUCCUGUGUGGAGGGAUACCUUCCUCAGCCGGAUAAUCGAUCCUGCAAAGCCAAGAACGUUCCUGUGGAUCGCCCCCCGGUUCUGCUCAUCGCCAACUCUCAGAACAUCCAGGCCACGUCUCUGAGCGGCAGCAGCAGCAGCUUCCUCUACACCAGCACCAAGCAGACCACCGCCAUGGACUUCCUGUACAGCCAGGAAAUGGUGUGCUGGAUCCACGUGGGCGACACGCCGGCCGGCACCCAGCUGAAGUGCGCCAAAAUCCCCGGCCUGAAGAGCUUCACGGACGAGCGGACCAUCAACAUCUCCCUCAGCCUACACAAUGUAGAGCAGAUGUCGAUUGAUUGGCUGACAGGGAAUUUUUACUUCGUGGACGACGUGGACGACCGGAUCUUCGUGUGCGAUAAGGAUGGAGUUACGUGUGUAACGCUGCUAGACCAAGAGCUCUACAACCCUAAAGGCAUCGCACUGGACCCCACCAUGGGGAAAGUGUUCUUCACAGACUACGGUCAGAUCCCGAAGGUGGAGCGCUGCGAUAUGGACGGACAGAACAGGACUAAACUGGUGGACAGUAAGAUUGUGUUUCCUCAUGGCAUCACGCUGGACCUGGUCAACAGGCUGGUGUACUGGGCCGAUGCCUAUCUGGACUACAUUGAGGUGGUGGACUAUGAGGGCAAGAACCGACACACCAUCAUGCAAGGCCUGCUGAUUGAGCAUCUGUACGGACUGACAGUGUUCGAGAAUUAUCUCUAUGCCACCAACUCUGACAACGCCAACAUGCAGCCCAAGACCAGCGUCAUUCGGGUCAACCGCUUCAACAGCUCAGACUACCAGCUGGUGACCCGAGUGGAUAAGGGCGGAGCCCUGCACGUGUACCACCAGAGACGACAGCCCCCCGUGCGGAGUCAUGCAUGUGAGGCGGAUCAGUUCGGUAAGGCGGGUGGUUGCUCUGAUAUCUGUCUCCUGGGGAACAGCCACAAGAGCCGAACGUGUCGCUGCCGCUCUGGAUUCAGUCUGGGCAGUGAUGGCAAAUCCUGCAAGAAACCCGAUCACGAGCUGUUCCUGGUGUAUGGCAAGGGUCGUCCCGGAGUGAUCAGAGGGAUGGACAUUAAUCCGAAGGUUCAGGACGAGUACAUGAUCCCCAUAGAGAACCUGAUGAACCCCCGAGCGCUGGACUUCCACGCCCAGAGCAACUACAUCUACUUCGCCGACUCCACCAGCUACCUCAUCGGUCGGCAGAAGAUAGACGGGACAGAGCGGGACAUUAUCCUGAAGGAAGGAGGUAUUCACACAGUGGAGGGCAUUGCUGUGGACUGGAUGGCGAACAACUUGUACUGGACCGAUGAUGGACCUAAAAAGACCAUCAGUGUGGCUCGGCUGGAGAAAGCUGCCCAGACCAAGAAAACCCUGAUUGAGGGCAAGAUGACCCACCCUCGUGCCAUCGUGGUGGACCCGAAGAACGGCUGGAUGUACUGGACAGACUGGGAGGAGGACCCCAAGGAGAGCAAGAGGGGUAAAAUAGAGCGAGCCUGGAUGGACGGAACCAACCGCAACGUUCUCCUGACCUCUAAGACCAUUCUGUGGCCGAACGGGCUGAGCCUGGACAUCCCGCAGGGUGUGCUGUACUGGGUGGAUGCUUAUUACGAUCGAAUCGAGAUGGUGUACCUGAACAGCACUGAGCGCAAGGUCAGCACAUCGACCGUCUAUGACGGAGAGGAGCUGAACCACGCCUUCGGACUCUGCCACUACAAAAACUUCUUGUUCUGGAACGAGUACCGCAGCGGCAGCAUCUACAAGCUGGACCAGGACACCAAGACUGUGACGCUGCUGCGCAACGAGCGCCCGCCUAUCUUCGAGAUCCGGAUGUACGACGCCCAGCAGCAGCAGGGUACUAAUGCGUGUCGGGCGAAUAACGGCGGAUGCAGCAGUCUGUGUUUGGCAACUCCAGAGGGCCGAUCCUGUGCCUGUGCUGAGGACCAACUGCUGGACCCGGCCGACAAUGUCAGCUGUAAAGCGAACCCAUCCUACGUGCCACCCCCCCAGUGCCAGCCGGGGGAGUUCGCCUGUGAGAAUAAUCGCUGUAUUCAGGAGCGCUGGAAAUGCGACGGAGACAACGACUGUCUCGACAACAGUGACGAAGCCCCCGAGCUCUGCCAUCAGCACACAUGUCCGACCGACCGCUUCAAAUGCCAGAAUAACCGCUGUAUUCCGAUGCGCUGGCUCUGCGACGGAGACAACGACUGCGGGAACGACGAAGACGAGUCCAACAGCACCUGCUCAGCUCGGACCUGCCCACCUAACCAGUUCUCGUGUGCCAGCGGACGCUGCAUCCCCAUCUCCUGGACGUGUGAUCUGGAUGAUGACUGUGGGGAUCGCUCGGACGAGCCGGCCUCCUGCGCUUACCCGACCUGCUUCCCCCUCACUCAGUUCACCUGUGAUAACGGACGCUGCAUUAAUAUUAACUGGCGCUGUGAUAACGAAAAGGAUUGUUUGGACGGCUCUGAUGAGUUGAAUUGUCUGAACCCGACCGAUAACGAUUGCGGUGAUAACAGCGACGAGGCGGGCUGCACUCACUCCUGCUCCAGCACCCAGUUCAAAUGCAACAGCGGCCGCUGCAUCCCCGACUACUGGAAAUGCGACGGAGACAACGACUGCGGCGACUACAGCGACGAGAACAACGCCAACUGCACCAAUCACGCGACUCGACCUCCGGGAGGCUGCCACACAGAUGAGUUUCAGUGCCGGAUGGAUGGGCUGUGCAUUCCCCUGCGCUGGCGCUGCGAUGGCGACACCGACUGCAUGGACCUGAGCGAUGAGAAGAACUGCGAGGGCGUCACACACAUGUGCGAUCCAGCCGUCAAAUUCGGCUGCCGAGACUCUGCGCGCUGCAUCAGCAAGGCGUGGGUGUGUGACGGGGACAGCGACUGCGAUGACAGCUCGGACGAGGACAACUGUGAGGCGCUGGUGUGUAAACUCUCGCACCACGUGUGUGCCAACGACACCACCAUCUGCCUGCCAGCCGAAAAGCUGUGCGACGGCAAGGACGACUGCCCUGAUGGUUCCGACGAGAAAUUGUGCGAUCUUUGCUCGCUGGAUAAUGGCGGCUGCAGCCACAACUGCACGGUUGCUCCAGGUGAGGGCAUUAUGUGCUCAUGCCCGCUGGGUAUGGAGCUGGGCCCCGACAACAAGACAUGCCAGAUCCAGGGUUUCUGCGCCAAACAUCUAAAGUGCAGCCAGCGCUGCGAGCAGGACAAGUUCACCGUCAAGUGCUCCUGCUACGAAGGCUGGGUCCUGGAGCCGGACAUGGAGAGCUGCCGAAGCACAGAUCCCUUUAAGCCGUUCAUCAUCUUCUCUAACCGACACGAGAUCAGGAGGAUCGACCUGCAUAAGGGUGAGUUCAGCGUUUUGGUGCCGGGCCUGAGGAACACCAUCGCUCUGGACUUCCACCUGAACGACAGUGCUCUGUACUGGACAGACGUGGUGGAGGAUAAGAUCUACAGAGGAAAGCUGUCAGAGAACGGGGCGGCGUUGACCAGCUUCGACGUGGUGAUCCAGUAUGGCCUGGCGACACCGGAAGGUUUGGCCGUAGACUGGAUCGCUGGGAACAUCUACUGGGUGGAGAGUAACCUGGACCAGAUUGAGGUGGCCAAGCUGGACGGCACCAUGCGCACCACCCUGCUUGCUGGAGACGUGGAGCACCCAAGGGCCAUCGCUCUGGAUCCCAGAGAAGGAAUCCUGUUCUGGACGGACUGGGAUGCCAGCAUGCCGAGGAUCGAGGCGGCGUCUAUGAGCGGCGAAGGCCGGCGCACCAUCCAUAAGGAGACAGGAAACGGAGGCUGGCCCAACGGACUGACCGUAGACUAUCUGGAGCGACGCAUUCUGUGGAUAGAUGCCAGAUCUGAUGCAAUCUAUUCUGCCAAGUACGAUGGUUCUGGUCUGAUUGAGGUUCUGCGGGGGCACGAGUACCUCUCACACCCGUUUGCCGUCACCAUGUACGGUGGGGAAGUUUACUGGACAGACUGGCGCACCAACACUCUGGCCAAGGCCAACAAGUGGACGGGGAACAACGUUACUGUGGUCCAGAGAACCAACACUCAGCCGUUCGAUCUGCAGGUUUACCACCCAUCCCGACAACCCCUGGCUCCUAACCCGUGUGCUGGUAACGGGGGUCUGGGUCCAUGUUCCCACCUGUGUCUGAUCAACUACAACCAAACCUUCUCCUGCGCCUGCCCUCACCUGAUGAGACUCAGCUCAGACAACCACACCUGCUAUGAGUCGCGUCAGUUCCUGCUGUACGCUCGUCAGAUUGAGAUCCGUGGAGUGGACAUUUAUAACCCGUACUAUAAUUACAUCAUCUCCUUCACCGUGCCGGACAUCGACAACGUGACGGUGGUGGACUACGAUGCACAGGAGCGCCGGAUCUACUGGUCAGACGUGCGAACUCAGACCAUCAAGAGGGCCUUCGUUAAUGGGACGGGCAUCGAGACAGUGGUCUCUGCAGAUCUGCCCAACGUUCACGGGCUGGCUGUUGAUUGGGUUUCUCGGAACCUGUUCUGGACGAGCUACGACACCAACAAGAAACAGAUCAACGUGGCCAGACUGGACGGAUCAUUUAAGAACGCAGUGAUCCAGGGUCUGGAUAAACCACACUGCCUGGUGGUCCAUCCAAUCCUGGGUAAUCUGUACUGGACGGACGGAGAUAAUAUCAGCAUGGCCAACACAGACGGCAGCAACCGCAGCGUCCUCUUCACCAAUCAGAAAGGACCUGUGGGUCUGUCUCUGGACUUUGAUGAGAACCGGCUGUACUGGGUCAGUUCCGGCAACGGAACCAUCAGCCGCUGCAACCUGGACGGCACCGGGCUGGACGUGCUGGAGGGGGUGAAGGGUAAACUCAGCAAGCCCUCCGCUCUCGCCAUCAUGGGUGAGAAGCUGUGGUGGGCGGAUCAGGGGACGGAUCAGAUUGGAACAUGUGAUAAGAAAGAUGGAGGGAACUGGAAAGUUCUGAGGAACAGCACCUCGCCCAUGAUGCACAUGAAGAUCUACAAUGAGACGGUCCAGACCGGAGGUGCUAACCUGUGCAGUAAAAAUAAUGGAGACUGCUCUCAGCUCUGCCUCCCAACCUCACCCACCACCCGGUCCUGCAUGUGCACCGCCGGGUACAGCCUGAGGAGCGGACAACAGUCCUGCGAAGGUGUGGGCUCGUUCCUGCUCUAUUCGGUUCAUGAGGGAAUCAGGGGGAUUCCGCUCGACCCGGCAGACAAAUCCGACGCUCUGGUUCCAGUCUCAGGAUCAUCACUAGCCGUCGGCAUCGAUUUCCACGCUGAUAAUGAUACGAUCUACUGGGUGGACAUGGGCCUGAGUACCAUCAGCCGAGCCAAGCGGGACCAGACCUGGAGAGAGGAUGUGGUCACCAACGGGAUCGGCAGAGUGGAGGGCAUCGCCGUGGACUGGAUUGCAGGGAAUAUCUACUGGACGGAUCAGGGCUUUGAUGUGAUCGAGGUCGCCAGGCUGAACGGGUUGUUCCGGUAUGUCGUCAUCUCACAGGGACUGGACAAACCCCGUGCCAUCGCCAUCCAUCCAGAGAGAGGGUAUCUGUUCUGGACUGAGUGGGGUCAGUACCCACGGAUCGAGCGCUCCCGAUUGGACGGCACUGAGCGGGCAGUUCUGGUGAAUGUCAGUAUCAGCUGGCCCAACGGCAUCUCCAUCGACUACGAGGAGGGUCUGCUGUACUGGUGCGACGCCCGCACUGAUAAGAUCGAGCGGAUUAACCUGGAGACUGGGGAGAACCGGGAGUUGGUUCUAGCCAGCAACAACAUGGACAUGUUCUCCGUCUCCGUGUUCGAGAGCUACAUCUACUGGAGUGACCGCACUCACUCUAAUGGCUCUAUAAAGAGGGGCAAUAAACACAACGCUACAGACUCCGUAACUCUGAGGACAGGUCUGGGUGUACAACUGAAAGACAUCAAAGUGUUCAACAGAGCCAGACAGCAAGGGACGAAUGUCUGUAAGGAGAAUAACGGCGGCUGUCAGCAGCUGUGUCUGUACCGUGGUAACGGGCGGCGGACGUGUGCCUGUGCUCACGGGAUGCUGACGGAGGACGGGCAGAGCUGCCGGGAGUAUGACGGGUAUCUGCUGUACUCAGAGAGAACCAUCCUGAAGAGCGUUCACCUGUCAGACGAGCACAACCUGAACGCUCCUAUUAAACCGUUUGAAGAUCCGGAGCACAUGAAGAACGUCAUCGCUCUGACCUUCGACUACCGCGGGGGCGGCGGCAAAGGAGCCAACCGGAUCUUCUUCAGCGACAUCCACUUCGGCAACAUCCAGCAGAUCAACGACGACGGAUCCGACCGCAGGACGGUGGUGGAGAAUGUGGGCUCUGUGGAAGGCCUGGCGUAUCACCGGGCGUGGGACACGCUCUACUGGACCAGCUACACCACCUCCACCAUCACCCGGCACACAGUGGACCAGAACCGUUGGGGAGCCUACGACCGCGAGACCGUGGUCACCAUGUCCGGAGACGACCACCCCAGAGCUUUCGUCCUGGACGAGUGCCAGAAUCUGAUGUUCUGGACUAACUGGAACGAGCAGUCUCCGAGCAUCAUGCGGGCGCAGCUCUCCGGUUCUAAUGUUCUGGUGAUCAUUGGGACGGACAUCCGCACGCCCAACGGCCUGGCCAUCGACCACCGGUCUGAGAAGCUGUACUUCACCGACGCCACACUGGACAAGAUCGAGCGCUGCGAGUAUGACGGCAGCCAUCGCAUCGUGAUUCUGAAGAACGAGCCGGUUCACCCGUUCGGUCUGGCUGUUUAUGGGGAUCAAAUCUUCUGGACGGACUGGGUCCGCAGGGCCGUGCUCCGAGCUGGCAAGUUCUCCGGCUCCGACAUGAAGGUUCUGCGUCCCGACAUCCCCCAGCAGCCAAUGGGAAUUAUUGCUGUGGCCAACGACACCAACAGCUGUGAGUACUCUAUGUGCCGGGUGAACAAUGGCGGGUGCCAGGAUCUGUGCCUGCUGUCGUCAGAGGGCAAGGUGAACUGCAGCUGCCGUGGAGACCGAAAACUUCUGCAGGACAACACCUGCGUCUCACUGAACUCCUCCUGCAGUAGUAUCAAUGACUUUGAGUGCGGGAACGGAGACUGCAUUAACUACACCCUCACCUGCGAUGGCACCGCCCACUGCAAGGACAAGUCUGACGAGAAACAGUCCUACUGCAGUAACCGGGACUGUAAGCGAGGUUAUAAGCGGUGUGUGAACGGACGCUGUGUCCGACUGGUCUCCUGGUGCAACGGACGUAACGACUGUGGGGAUAACUCAGACGAGCUCUUCUGUAAUGCUACAUUGUGUCCGGCGGAUCAGUUCCAGUGUCGGGACGGUCGGUGUAUUUCUAACUCCAGCCGCUGUAAUCAGGUGGUGGACUGUGAAGACGCCACUGACGAGAUGAACUGCAGUGCGACAAACUGCUCCAGCUACUUCCGGUUGGGGGUAAAGGGCGUGACCUAUCAGAGGUGUGAGUUCACCACGCUCUGCUACGCCCCCUCCUGGGUGUGCGACGGCGCCAACGACUGCGGGGAUUACUCUGACGAGAUGAACUGCCCAGGUCCCACAGAUCCCAGUAAGAGGAAGUGUCCCCCCAGUUUCUUCGCCUGUCCGAGUGGACGCUGCAUCCCCAUGACCUGGACUUGCGAUAAGGAGAACGACUGUGAGAACGGAGCUGACGAAGUGAACUGCGAUAAGAUCUGCACCGCAAAUCAGUUUGAGUGUGGGAACCACCGCUGCAUCUCUAACAGCUGGGUGUGUGACGGGGCUGACGACUGCGGGGACGGUACUGAUGAGGACAGCAGAUGCAAGAAUAAGACGUGCAGCCCAGAUGCCUUCCAGUGUCCCGACUCCCACAAGUGUGUCCCGCAGCGCUGGGUUUGUGACGGGGACCGGGACUGCCCAGACGGAGCUGACGAGAGCGUGAAGGCCCGCUGCACAUUUAAGAACACGUGUGAGGCAGGAGAGUUCAUGUGUCAGAAUAAACAGUGUAUACCCAAACACUUUGUCUGUGACCACGAUAACGACUGUGGUGAUGGAUCAGACGAGUCUGUGGAGUGUGAAUACCCGACCUGCAAGCCCAACGAGUUCCGCUGUGCUAACGGCCGCUGCCUGAUCCAGAGCUCCUGGCAGUGUGACGGCGAGUUCGACUGCCACGACCAAUCAGAUGAAGCCCCCAAGAACCCCAACUGCAGCGGACCAGAGAAGAAGUGUAACGAGACGGAGUAUACGUGUCGUAACGGAAAGUGUGUUAACGAGACGCUGCUGUGUGAUUAUUCGGAUGAUUGCGGGGACGGCAGUGACGAGCUAAACUGCUUCGUUAACGAGUGUCUGAACAGUAAACUCAGCGGCUGCUCUCAGCUCUGCGAGGACCAGAAGAUCGGAUUCAAGUGCAGGUGUUACCCCGGGUUCCGGCUGAAGGAUGAUGGGAAGACGUGUGUGGACGUGGACGAGUGCACCAGCACCUUCCCCUGCACCCAGCACUGCAUCAACACCCACGGCAGCUUCCACUGCGUCUGCGCAGACGGGUACCAGCUCAGCCUCGCUGACCCCACCAUCUGCAAGUCCGUCUCCGAGGAGGAGCCGUUCCUGAUCUUUGCGAACCGGUACUACCUCAGGAAGCUCAACCUGGACGGAUCCAAUUACACUUUAUUAAAGCAGGGUUUAAACAAUGCGGUGGCGUUGGACUUUGACUACAGGCAGCAGAUGAUCUAUUGGACGGAUGUGACGACUCAGGGAAGCAUGAUCAGGAGGAUGCACAUUAAUGGCACUAACCUUCAGGUUCUUCACCGCACAUCUCUGAGUAACCCAGAUGGGCUGGCGGUUGAUUGGGUGGGAGGGAACCUGUACUGGUGUGAUAAGGGGCGGGACACUAUCGAGGUGUCUAAACUGAAUGGAGCAUACAGGAUGGCUCUGGUCAACACCGGACUGAGGGAGCCGAGGGCUGUGGCUGUGGAUGUUCGACACGGGUACCUGUACUGGUCCGACUGGGGGGAUAAUCCUCACAUCGGGCGGAUUGGGAUGGACGGCAGUAACCGCAGUGUGAUUGUGGAGGACCGGAUCACCUGGCCCAACGGACUCACACUGGACUUCAUCAACGACCGGAUCUACUGGGCCGACGCCCGCGAGGACUACAUCGAGUUCUCCGACCUGGAUGGAACCAACAGACACACAGUUCUGAACCAGGACAUCCCGCACAUCUUCGCCAUGACCCUGUUCGAGGAGUUUAUCUACUGGACCGACUGGGAGACCAAGUCCAUCAACAGAGCCCACAAAACUCUCGGAACCAACAAAACCAUGCUGAUCAGUACCCUGCACCGACCCAUGGACAUCCACAUCUUCCACCCUUACAGACAGCCUGAGGUGACGAAUCACCCAUGUCAGACGGAUAAUGGCGGCUGCAGUAACCUGUGUCUGCUCUCUCCGGGCGGCGGCUACAAGUGCGCCUGCCCCACCAACUUCUACCUGGCAGCUGAUGGAAAGCAGUGCUUAUCCAACUGCACCGCCAGCCAGUUUGUUUGUAAAAACGACAAGUGCAUUCCAUUCUGGUGGAAGUGCGACACAGAGGACGACUGCGGGGACCGCUCGGAUGAGCCGGCGGACUGUCCUGAGUUUAAGUGCAGACCAGGUCAGUUCCAGUGUAAGAUGGGUAUCUGCACCAACCCGGCGUACAUCUGCGAUGGAGACAACGACUGUCAGGACGGGUCAGACGAGACCAACUGCGAUAUCCACGUGUGUUUGCCCAGUCAGUUCAAGUGCACGAAUCCGAGCCGCUGCAUCCCCGGCAUCUUCCGCUGUAACGGUCAGGACAACUGUGGAGAGGGAGAGGACGAGAAGGACUGCCCGGAGGUGACGUGUGCUCCUAAUCAGUUCCAGUGCACCAUCACUAAGCGCUGUAUCCCACGGGUGUGGAUGUGCGACAGAGAUAACGACUGUGUAGAUGGAUCAGACGAACCUGCAAACUGCACUCAGAUGACGUGCGGUGUGGACGAGUUCCGCUGUAAGGAUUCGGGCCGCUGUAUUCCGGCCCGCUGGAAGUGUGACGGGGAGGACGACUGUGGAGACUCGUCUGACGAACCCAAAGAGGAAUGCGAUGAGCGGACUUGUGAGCCGUAUCAGUUCCGCUGUAAGAAUAACCGCUGUGUUCCGGGCCGCUGGCAGUGUGACUACGAUAACGACUGUGGAGAUAACUCAGACGAGGAUGACUGCGUGCCGCGGCAGUGUUCGGAGAGUGAGUUUGCUUGCACUAACGGGCGCUGCAUCGCCGGACGCUGGAAGUGUGAUGGUGACCAUGACUGUGUCGAUGGGUCGGAUGAGAAUGGCUGUGAUGUGAAGUGUGACAGUGAUGAGUUUCAGUGUAAGAAUGGACACUGUAUUCCAUUCCGCUGGCGCUGCGACGCUGACCCCGACUGUAUGGACGGCAGCGACGAGAAGAACUGCAGCAGCGAAGUGACUCGGCAGUGCCCCUUGGAGUUCCAGUGUAAUAAUACGCUGUGUAAGCCGGCGGGCUGGAGGUGUGACGGGGAGGACGACUGCGGGGAUAACUCGGACGAGAACACGGAAGACUGCAAGAGGUUCCAGUGUCCCCCGACCCGGCAGUUCCGAUGCUAUAAUGACCGCGUGUGUCUGCCAGUGUCAAAACAGUGCGACGGCAUUGACGACUGUGGAGACAACAGUGACGAGCUGAAUUGCCAGACGCCCUCGACCACCUGUGGUAAAGAUGAGUUUACCUGCAGUAAUGGGAAGUGUAUCAGCUCUAAUCUGCGCUGUAAUUACUUUAAUGACUGUGGGGAUUACGGCUCUGACGAGAUCAAGUGCGGCAAGAAAGACUCGGCUCUGAAUGAGUGUAAUCAGGACAGGAGUGUGUGUGGUGACGGGGAUGAGGCUCACUGUGUGGUAAACGGAACCGAUUCCUUCUGUUCCUGCAAACCUGGAUUCUACAGAACCACCCAGCAGAUCUGCACAGAUGUGAACGAGUGCGGGGAGUUUGGGAUCUGUUCCCACAUCUGUAACAACACCAAGGGCUCCUAUAAAUGCAGCUGCCACCGAAACUUCAACCGGGUCAACCACACCUGCAAAGCUGGAGGUACCGAGAGACAGGUUCUGUAUGUGGCUGAUGAUAAUGAGAUCCGCAGUCUGUCUGUGGAGAACGAGAACUGGAUAUAUGAGCAGGCGUUCCAGGGCAACGCCAACGUUCGAAUCGACGCCAUGGACCUGCACAUUAAACGCAAGCGUGUCUACUGGACCAACUGGCAUACAGGCAGGAUCUCCGUUUAUGAGUGGCCUACCACCGAAACGGCCUCGCCCAACUCCCACCGUAACCGCAGACAGACCGAGUCCAGAGUGACCGAUCUGGAGAUUCCGAACCUGAAGAUGCCGCGUGGAAUCGCAGUGGACUGGGUGGCUGGAAACAUCUACUGGACUGACUCAGGCCGAGACGUCAUCGAGGUGGCUCAGAUGAACGGACGCCAUCGCAAGACUCUGAUCUCGGGGAUGAUCGAUGAGCCCUACGCCAUCGUGGUGGACCCAACCAGGGGAACGAUGUACUGGGCAGACUGGGGCAACCAUCCCAAGAUCGAGACGGCAGCGAUGGACGGCACCAUGAGGGAGACACUGGUGCACGAGAACAUCCAGUGGCCCACAGGUCUGGCGGUGGAUUAUUUUAAUGAGCGGCUGUACUGGGCUGACGCCAAGCUCUCUGUGAUCGGCAGCGUGAGGCUGAAUGGGUCGGAUCCGGUCGUGGCUGUUAACAGCAUCAAGAACAAUCUGCACCACCCCUUCAGCAUCGAUGUCUAUGAGGACUACAUCUACGGCAUCACCUACCGCGACAAUAUUGUCUUCAGGGUCAACAAGUUUGGCAAGGGCAACGUGGAGAACCUGACCACCGGCAUCAACCACGCCACCGACCUGGCUCUGUUCCACAACUACAAACAACCUGACAUUACGAACCCAUGUGACAGGAAAAAGUGUGAGUGGCUUUGUCUGCUGAGCCCCAGUGGUCCAGUCUGCACCUGCCCCAACGGUCACGUUCUGGACAACGGCACCUGUGUGGAGGUCCCGACACCCACACCUGUCGCACCGAUCGCACCGUGCCCUCUGCAGUGUCUGAAUGGAGGCAGUUGUGAGCUUAACGCCAGGAAACAGCCGAAGUGUCGGUGCCAGCCUCACUACGGGGGCGAACGCUGUGAGAUUAACCAGUGCCGGGAUUACUGCCAAAAUGGAGGAACCUGCACAGCGUCCCCUACAGGUGCUCCUACCUGUCGAUGUCGGACGGGCUUCACCGGACCCAACUGUAACCAGCGCACCUGCCAGGACUACUGCCAGAACGGAGGCAACUGCACCGUCAGCCGCGGCAACCAGCCCACCUGCAGCUGCCCCAGCGACGUACUGGGAGACCAGUGCCAGUUCCGUAUGUGUGAUGGUCUGUGUAAAAACGGGGGGUCAUGUCUGCAGUCCAGUGACGGGUCCCAACAGUGCCGCUGUCCCCCCCGCUACAUCGGACAAACCUGCGAGGUGGACAAGUGCCAUUACUGUCGGGACGGAACGUGCAUUCCCACCAACAAGAACCAACCCGACGGAGACGUUACUUGCAGAUGUUCUAACGGUCUUGUUCAGGCCAGCUGUUAUACCUGUGAAGGAUACUGCGCUAAUGGACAAUGCUCUCUCAGCCCUGCAGAACUCCCUCAGUGCAAGUGUCCCCCUGGGUGGGAGGACCACCGCUGUGCGACCCGCUCCCCCAGUGUGAUUGCAGAAUCCGGAGGCCGUACAGCAUCCAUAGUGAUUCCUGUGGUGCUGUUGCUGCUGCUGGUGCUGCUGAUUGUUGGGGCCAUGCUGUGGUACAGGAAGAGGAUGCAAGGGGCUAAAGGGUUCCAGCACCAGCGGAUGACAAACGGAGCGAUGAACGUGGAGAUCGGGAACCCGGCGUAUAAGAUCUACGAGGGGGAACAGGACGACGACGUGGGAGAGCUGCUGGACACAGACUUCACACUGGACCCGGACAAGCCGACAAACUUCACGAACCCGGUGUACGCCACGCUCUACAUGGGAGGCCAGAACAGCCGUAACUCUCUGGCGAGCACCGACGAGAAGAAGGAGCUGCUGUCCCGGGGAGACGAGGAGCCGCUGGUGGAUCCGCUGUCAUAGACUGUUCUAGACUCGCGGUCCAGAACAUCCAACACACCCCCUUUGCCUUUAUCCAGUAAAAAUCGAGCAGGAGGAGCAGCGCCGAUUCCGCGUGAACACUGUAUAAAUGUAUAAAUGAAGGACUACUUUUGUAAUUGAUCGCAGUAUUAUAUUUUCUUCUUUUGGUCCGAAACGACGAACGGUGACUUACAACAAAAAAAGCUACAUUUUCUACACGAUUUUUGAAUUUUCCUUUUGAAUUUUUUUGUCAUCCCACCCUUCUACCUUAACUAGCCUCUACCUCUCAGCAAAACGGAAUCGGAAGAAAACGCAGUAUUAAAAAAAAUUGGAACAAAUUAAAUUUUUUUAUUUUUGUAUGAAUUGUAUAGAGAAACGAAUAUUGUUCCAUCUCAGUAGUGCCAACUCGUUCUAGAUCACAUUGGGGGGGCGGGGCCAGAACCGAGCCGAAGUGUCUGAGUCUGUACAGCGUCUGUACAGCACCUGUAAAAUCUCACUUCCAUAUUUAGCAUUUCUUUAUUUUAUUCCAUAGAUGUACGUUCUAGCAUAGCCACGGCUUUUACAGUUCCUACACCGCAAACACAAAACUACACCUGCAGGAGAACGCGUUGUUUCCUUUUGUUUGUUCGUUUGUUUGUUUUUUGAUUAAUAUUGUAAACGCUAAUACAAAAAUAACGGUUGAGCAGAAGAAGAGCAGUCAGGAAAGUUUGAGUCACGUUCUAACGGAAGCGCCAUGGUUCCGUACUGUUCCUGCGGUUUGUGCAUUCAUAACCCAGAGUGCUGCCAUUAUCAGUCUCGGUCAGGGGGCGGAGCUUAGUUUAACGGGUUUCAGUUAAGUGAGAGUGUAAAGAAUGCUUGGUUUUAUCGCUUUCACAUUUUUGCAUUUUUUGCUUUUUCAUCCUCACUGCGUGCACUCUUACAAAUAACGGUUCCUCAGAGGUUCUUGGUCUGGAUGUGAUUUACAUAAUCUAGAACCUCGAGUGUGAGAGUUCAGAGUUAUAUGAACUUUAAAAUUACAGAUCUUAACAUUUAUAACGUUCACAAAUGUGGUUGUCUGUUGAAGGGUCCCUUAGGACUUACACAUUCUCAGACUGGUUCUAAGUGUUCCAGAGUUCUGUAUUUCCAAUACAGGUUCUGUGACUCCACUGAACCCUAUUUAAUACAUGGCAGAGAACCUUUUUUUAAAGUAUAAAACUGUAAAUGUUUCAAAUUCAGUUGGACCUUUUUUCCUAGGACAUUUUUGAAGCAGGUUCUAGGCAGUCCAGUUAUUUGCCCCACAUGUACUUUACCUUUUCAGGAAAAUGUGAAAAGGGUUCCACAGUUCCAAAAAAAGGGUUCUAAUGCUUGGUUGGGAUUUGAAAGAUUGUCUGUGGGUCUGUCUAUAAUCAUUAGCUUUGCUAAAGAACACUUUAACCAUGUUUAAAAGUGUACGGGCCGAGAAUAUCUUCUUUAGGAAGCCAAAUAUGGUUCUUCUACCUUAGGGUUCCUGUUUGGUUCCGUAGUUUUGAGUGUGGGCGUGGUCUUGCGUUGCUUCUGCAUGGGGCAGGUCAGUCGUGUCGGUGAAGACAAUGUUUCUGUUUAAAGUUCUGCUCUCAGAUUCUCAGUCAUGUGUAAGGAAGUAUAAUCACGCCACUUUCAGUUCCGUCGAGAACCGUUUCCCGGUUCGGUUUGCUCAUUUCUGCGCAGUCGUAUUUACAGAUGAGCGCUUUUAUAGUACGAAGUGCAUGGAGGCUCAAGCGUAGUUCUGGGACGAGAAUAAUGUUUAAUUCUGCUGGAGUUCUUUACAAAAUAAAUAACAUUUGUUAUAAAUAAAACAAAACACCUUAAACCUG